UUUAACGAUUUCCAGCAUUAUUUCAAUGAUAACCCAAAAGGGAUGAAGUACGAUGGCAGUGAUAGUCCUGAUACCCUUAAGAAAUACACUGGAGCUAGUGGCAUUCAAAGCUCUGUCAUACCACUGUUCACCUCAUUUCUGGGCAUUAAACUUCAAUCUGAAUCGACUCCAUAUCUUCAUAAGAUGAGGUGGCACAUGCCAAGGGAACAUCGUCAGUUACUGCUGGAAAUGGACACCACUGAUUUAAGAGAGUACACCAUGGCCCAUUCAAGUAACAAGGAUCUUAUUGCAGCUUACAAUCAUUGCAUUGAGGGUUUGGUUAAAUUCAGGCAGCAGCAUAUCAAUCUUGUGACAUCGUACGUCAUUAUUCCUCUCCGCUCUCAAUCCAGCAGCUCUGAGCCAGGCAGCACUAUAUUUCCAGGAUCUGACAUCAUUGGUUUCCUCAAGAAGCCAAGGGAUGAGACAAUUGCUCACAAAAUUAAAGAAUGAAUCACUAAAAUCUUCUACUUUUUUUGCUCAGUGUUGUACUGAAAAUAUAAGCUACUUUUAUAUAUUUAUUUGUUGUGAAAAUCCACACGAGGACAUUAGAA